AUGUGUCGACGAUUACGGUCUUCGCCAAAGUUUGCUCCAUCGCGGCUUAUCGACAUUGGCUCCGACGAUACCUGGAAGCUUUGUCUUUACCCACAGGAUAUUACAGAUCCUCCGGAGUAUAUGACUCUGAGUUACCGAUGGGCCAAAACCCCUUCAAUUCGACUUUUGAGCUCGAAUUUUGAAGUCUUCCGGAAGGGCGCACAAACGUCUCAACUCCCCAAGACAUUCAGGGAAGCCAUCACUGUUGCGCACCGAUUCUCUAUUAGGUACCUCUGGAUUGAUUCGCUAUGCAUCAUUCAAGAUUCGCCCGAGGAUUGGGCCCGAGGAUCCCUCCAGAUGCACCUGGUCUAUGCCAACUCCGCCUGCACCAUCUCCGCAACCGCUUCUGGAGGACCUGAUGAGGGGCUAUUUCGUUCACGCACUGCUCAGGAAACACUUGUAGGGCACAUCAAGGUUUCGUUCACCGAUGGCAAACCGAGAAGGUUUGACCUUUGGGACCAGCAUCACAUGCAGCGACUAACACAAGGUCCACUUACCGAUCGCGGAUGGGUAUUCCAGGAGCGUAUUCUUUCGCCAAGAGUGCUACAUUUCACCAAGACCCAGGCGGUAUGGGAAUGCUUUGAGAUGAACAAGAGCGAGAUGUUUCCCCGGUGGUCACCUCGGCCUGCUGACGCAGUGUACACGACUGACCUGAAAGCUAUUGAUGCCUUCUUUGACGACGGUCAUCGUCGAACAGCCUGGCCAAAGGAAGAAAACAAGAAAAUGACCGUGGACGUCUAUCAGCAGUGGGUAAAUCUGGUCAAGACAUACUCCAAGUGCAGUCUAACCUGUCCUGAUGACCGACUGAUGGCUAUAGCUGGUAUAGCCGAGAUGUUCAAGAAGAACUCUGGCGAUGAAUACCUAGCAGGUCUUUGGAGGUCAAGGAUCGUUGAAGGACUCAACUGGGUUGUCUUAGAACCUGGGCCCGGACCCCAAAAUCCCGAGCGUGUUCCAUCAUGGUCAUGGGCAGCUGUUGACUCAUGCGUUCUGCCUCAAAGGACAAAUUUACCGCGAGAUGAAGACCUGAUUGAAAUCAUUGACGUUAGAAGUCAUCUUGCUCAAGCUUGCUCCCGGUCUCAGCAAGUGAAGGGGUCGAUCCAACUACGAGGGUGUAUCUGCGGAGGCACUGUUAGCGAGAGCAGUAGGAGGACAGGCUCGGAACACGUCGUUUUGAAGCUUCUCGAAAUGUCGUCAACGAUCUACGCCUACCCAGAUACUCUAGAGACGACUUUUCAGGGCGGGGGAUUGCUUUCGUUUCUGCCCUUGAGGUCGACGUUACGGCGGCAGGUAAAUGAUCCAGAUAUGAAUCCAGUUGAGGAAGCCUUUGUGAUAAUUGAGGGGCUUAUUCUCCAAGCGGUUUAUGGAACUGGAAGCACUUAUAAGCGCGUCGGUCACUUUGUCUUGGUUUCAGUGGACAAUGCCAGCUUCUUCGGCCUUGUUGCGACCUUGCCUGAAUCUGGAGGAGGUGUUGCACUGAUUAGUGCGGACGAGUCUCGAAAGUCCACUAUAAUGCUGGUAUAA